CGCACGCUUUCGCCACUGCACGGGAAAGGGGGCCGGAGGCUGCAUGUGCGCAGCUCCGCCCGCGGAUCCCCGAAGCCCGCUCGCAGCAUCCCGCGGAUCCCGGCCAGCGCAGCGAGGGAACGCCGCCCGCCGCCUGCCAUGGACGAGGGCAUCUCCCGCCUGCCCGAGCGGCAGCUGCUGGAGCACCGCGAUUUCAUAGGGCUGGAGUACCCGGCGCUCUACAUGUGCAAGCCCAAGCGCGGCGUGAAGAGGGACGAGAGCAAGGAGACGUACAAACUGCCGCACCGGCUGAUCGAGAAGAAGCGGCGGGACAGGAUCAACGAGUGCAUCGCGCAGCUGAAGGACCUGCUGCCCGAGCACCUCAAGCUCACGACGCUGGGGCACCUGGAGAAGGCGGUGGUGCUGGAGCUGACGCUGAAGCACCUGAAGGCGCUGACGGCGCUGACGGAGCAGCAGCACCAGAAGAUCGUCGCGCUGCAGAGCGGGGAGCGCUCCGUCAAGUCUCCGGUGCAGGCCGACCUGGACGCUUUCCACUCGGGCUUUCAGACGUGCGCUAAGGAGGUGCUGCAGUUCCUGUCCCGCUCCGAGAGCUGGACCCCCCGCGAGCAGCGCUGCGCCCAGCUCCUCGGCCACCUGCACGCCGUCUCCUCGCAGUUCCUGCCCGGCCCGCGGCUCCUCUCGCCGCCGCCGGGCCCGCUCGCCAAGGGACCCUCCUCCUCUUCCUCCCCGCCCGCCCCCCUCCGCGCGCCGGCCCGCAAGCCGGAGGGCCAGGCGCACUGCGUGCCCGUCAUCCAGCGGACUCACGCCGCCGAGCCGGGCGCCGAGACCGACACGGACACGGACAGCGGCUACGGCGGAGAGGCCGAGGCGCGGCCGGAGCGCGGCGCAGGGCCGGUCGGGCCGCUCCCCGCGCUGCCCGUCAAGCAGGAGCCGGCGGGGGACGAGGCGCCGCCCGCGCCCAAGCGGCCGAGGCUGGAGCGGGGCGGCAGCCCCCCGCCCGGCGCCGCCCUGCCCGGCGCUGCCCGCGGCGCCGACGCCGCGCUGCUGAGCUCGCUGAUGGCGCUGGGCGCGGGCGGCGGCGCGGCGCCCUUCGGACAGCCGGCGGCCCCCUUUUGCCUGCCCUUCUACUUCAUCUCCCCCUCGGCCGCCGCCGCCUACGUGCAGCCCUUCCUGGAUAAGGGCGGCCUGGAGAAGUACCUCUACCCCGCCGCCCCCAUCCCGCUGCUCUACCCCGGCAUCCCGGCGCAGGCGGCCGCCGCCGCCGCCGCAGCCGCUGCGGCCGCCGCCUCCUUCCCCUGCCUGUCGUCCGUGCUCGGCCCCGCCGAAAAGGCGGCCGGGCUGUCCCCGGCGCCCCACCUGCCGCCCCCCUUCGCCGCCGCCGCCGCCGCCGCGGUGCCCGCCGCCGAGCCCGGCGAGGAAGCGGAGCCCGCGACCGCCGAAGAGCCCGGCACCGAGGGGCCGUGAGCGCGGAGGGCGGGCGGGAGGAGGUGCCGGAGGGGUCCGCGGAGCCCCCCGCGCCGCUGCCCCACAGAGGACCGUCCCGGACGAAAUUUGCUACUCAGUAUUUUUUUAAUGUUUGGCUUUAUAAGUGCAUACAUAUGUUAAGGAAAAAAAAAAAAGAAAAAGAAGAAGAAAAGGAAGAGAAAUAAAAGCGGAGAGCGGCUCGUCAGCCCGAGCUCGUUUGAGCAUAAAUUCUGACUGACACAAACCGGAGGAAACCCCCCCCUCCCGCUUUGCAAUCGGACGCCGAGACCUUUGGGGCAACUUUCCCGGCCGGGCUCUCCCCUCAUCCCACUCCCGAGCACCGCGAUUUCCCUUUCUGGAGCCAAACCAGACGCCAGAUAAUCACACAGAUAAAGCUUUUAUAAUAAGGCUUAAACCGAGACCUUGCCUGGAUAUUUUUAGUUUGUUGCCAAGGUAGCACUGUGAGAAAUCUCACUUGAAUGUUAUGUAAGAGGUGAGACACAACAGUCUGACUCGGCGCGAGCGCGUACCCGGCUCGGCCCGGCGCUUCGGUGCAUUGCUGCUGCUGUUGCUGCUGUUCGCCUCAAACGCUGUGUUUAAACAACGUUCCAGACCUUAGCGGCCUACCGAGUGGCUGUAUGUACAUAGUUGUUAAUACAUCCAAUUAAUGAUGUCUGACAUGCUAUUUUUGUAGGGAGAAAAUACGUGUUAAUGAUAUUUUGAGUUAAAUAUCUUUUGGGAGGAUUUGCUGAAAAAGUUGCACUUUUGUUACGAUGCUUACGCUUGAUACAAGCUUACGCUGUCUUAAAUUAUUAAAAGAAAAUAAAUCCUGUCUGCAA